UGAUUGCUGUGGUGUCAAGGUCUUGGUGAAACUACAAGACAAUGAAACAUUAUUGAGAAACUACCAAGUUGGAUACUUUGGAUACUUUCAAUGGCUCUAUGCCCAGAGUGAACCCUGAUAAGAUCCUGGAAUCAUGCCAUUUGCUCCAAAACAAAGGAAUGUUGUUUACAAGCUGUAAGGGGGGAAAUGUUUAAUGGACUUCUUUCUCUCAAUUUGCCAUCUACUAGUACAGAACUGAGGCUUAGUGGUGUGUUAAAAGAGACCAACCAGAAGACAAGAUCAACUGAGGGGAUCAGUGGAUCCAAAAGCAGAUGAUCCCCAGGAGACGUGCUCUUCUUGUUCUCUGGAAACCAUUUUAACACUAUUCUGAGAAGAUAAACAGUAACAGAUCAAACCAGUGUACCACAAGUGGCUUUGCUAUUGAAGACAAGCACUAUGUAUAGCAUAACAAGCAAAUGGGGAUAGGUAGCACAGAUGUAACAGAACAGUGGAUAAAGAGAGAGUUCGUGCAAUGAUCUGAUAUAUAAAUAUUCAUCAUCUCAGUGGUGAGAGAGUUGUUAUGACCACCAAGAAGAAAUAACCACAGGUGUGGUAAUAACUUCCUUGCAUGACUACAGUACUUGAAAUCAGUUAUGGCAUGGAGGAGAGUAAAUGGAGCUCAGUCUAGCCAAACAUGAUGGUGGUGGAUGGUUCAGUUGCCCAGAGAGAGUGAAAUUGUCUGUUCCAGAGAAGAUCAUGCUCACUCUUAUGGAUUUGGAGUUCUGUAUCCAAUUGUGGGUACUGUACUUUUAAGAAAAAUACAGUAUAAUGAAGCUGGGAACAGGCUACAUGGAGGGCAAGAAAUAUGGUCAGAGGUGUGGAAUGCAAAUCCAAAAGAAAAGAUCAAGGGAGUGAAGAUGCCAGCCACAGAUGCUGGCGAAACGUCAGAAAGAAACUCUGCUCGAACAUGGCCACAUAGUCCGAAAAACCCACAAAAAACUAUGGAGUGGGAAUGUUUAGAUUGAAGAAGUUUUGAAACUGGCAAUAAAAAGUAUCAUGGGUAAAGACUUGUUUUCUGCUGCAACAGAAGUCAUGGAAGUGCUUAUGUUACAAUAUGGGAACUCUGAGAUGGAGCUAGACUGGAAGUUAAAAAGAGUCUUUAGGCCAGGUUCAGGAACAGUUCGUGUCACAGAAUUGGGUUGGCAAGGUCACCUGAAUCCAAGCCCAUCCAUUAAAGAAGAGGAGGAGGAACAACUUGUGGAUGAAUAUCUUUCUCCUGAUAAGCUGAAAAUCCUGACAGGGUUAGAUGAUCUGCAACAAGUGAGGGCCCUGGAGAUGCGUAUAGACACGAGAGAGAACAGCCUGGGAAACUUUGGUACUUACCUCCCUAAUCUAAAAAAGCUGAAAUUGAACAACAGUGUACUUACAUCUGUGAGGGACCUUGGAACAGCUCUGUCUCAUCUUCAGGUCCUGUGGAUGGCUCGUUGUGGGCUACCAGAUUUAGAUGGGAUCUCUUCCUGCUGCUCUUUGAAGGAACUUUACAUAGCCUACAACAACAUUGCUGACCUAAGUCAAGUGAGCCUGCUGGAACAUCUUGAGAUUCUAGACCUAGAAGGAAAUAAUAUUGAAGACCUCAGUCAGAUUCAGUAUCUGGGGCUCUGUACAAAGCUGUCUACUCUUACAGUAGAGGGAAAUCUUAUAUGCUUAAAACCAAGCCCCCAGUCUCUAGAGAUCCCAGAUUACAACUACAGAGUGGAAAUAAAAAAACUCAUUCCUCAUUUAAAGUGUUUAGAUGAAAUACCAGCAGAUCAAAUGGCCAUUCCUUUCCCAUGCAGGAUGAACAAACAGUGGUUUCUUGUCAAGGAAUCAAUCAAAGAAGGAUGUUUAUUAGAGCAAGUAUCUGAGUCAGAUUCAAGAUCUGUAACAGAAUCGCCCUAUUCUUCUGUGAGUCCUGCCGUAACACAAUUUUCGUCAGCUUCCAGACCUCAGACUCCACAGAGACCUCCCAGUGCCCAUUUGCUUUCUGGUUGUAGUACUCUCCUAGAGCCUACCAUUUAUGAAGAAGGACUGCUUGAAGAUGAUUCCAGUGAUUUGACUCAUGGUAUCAGCAGAGUGAUAUGUGGGAAUCCCAUCAAAGCUCUCCAUGCUCGAAAACAAAAAUUAGGAUUUGUGGUAACAAAGCUGUUCCAGCCAUUGUGUCCUUCAUCAGAACACACCUAUGACUCUGGAGACACAGAUUCGAUAAAUGGGGAAGACCUCUUUGCUAAGCUAGAAGCCUUGAAAAAGCAUCAUCACCAGCAUCUGCAAGUCCUCCAAAGGGAGAAGUUUCCACAGGUACUAAAAAUAACAAACAUUGAAGAGGAGGAAGAGGAAGAAGAACAGGACUGCAGCCUCAAUGACAGCAGUGAUGAAGACCAGAAAGGAACUAUUCAGAACAUCAUGGAAAUCACAUCAUCCAAUUCCUUCUGUCAGUCCCAUCUUUCUCGGUCAUCAUCAGAUUCAUCAUAUGUCCUCGAAAAUGCAUUACCAGCCAUUAUAAAAUACACCCACACACCCUCGCCUCCAAAAAGUCCCUCUCCUGCAUCUAUACAGAGUGUAGCAGGUGGACUUGUCAGAGCCAGACACCUGAAAAUACCCAGUUCAAAAAAGGCAGCUCUACUAAAGCCAUCGUCGCCAUCACUUGUGAACAGGGAUGCAGUGCAUCAUGUAGUGGAGAAGAUUGCUCUGCUGAAUCUCCACAGAGGAACUGAUACCUCCUGUAAUGUUGUAGGACAGAGGCAUAGGACUUGUAGCUCUGGCAGCAGCAGACCCACUUCAGGACCAGUAGAAAUGGGAACAAACUACAGAACUAUUUUGGACAGAAACCACCAUAACAAGAUAAAUAUGCAUCAACCUGUUGUCCACUCAUGCCCCAUAAAUCCAAGGAGAUUUUCAGUAUUGAAUGUGGGUCACCCUCUGACCGCCAAGGCUGCCCUGCAGAGAUUGCCAAAUAAGCCGGAUAUUUCAGUGACAACUCAAAGCAAGACUCACAAAUUGUAGGAAAUGCCCUGAGUAGCUGUGCAGCUAUUGUUGCCAAGACACAAAAGCAUUCAGCUGCUGCCUCUGUUUCCCAUCUCCUGAUGAGGUACUUUCUCUGAUUUAUCCUGAUCACUGAAUACAACAGUGUCCCCAGACAAGCAAGGCAAUUUAAAAACAGCCACUUGAUGUACCUCCAACAAAAAAUGCAGCUGUAAAGAGAGAAUCUACAAGUCUCUGAUAAGCCAUUUUAGCAGCUGUUGUAAAGAAGGGAAAGGAAGCUUGUGCAAGUAUCUGUCUACCUACUUGAUGUCUAGAGAAGUGGCAUGACUGGCUUAGGCCCCUUUGGCUCAGCCAAUGGGAAGAAAGUACAGACAGUCCUUCAGCAUCCAGCUGCAGCUAUUCACACUUCAGCAUUCUGCCAGAGAGACAGGUUCCCUUUAGUAAAAUAACAGACCAGAAAAGUCAUGUAGCUGAAACUGUCUGGGAAUGGAAUUGUGUGAUUUCCAUGUCCUUUGGGCAGGACUCAUUUGCAGAACACAUCCUUGACUCCUGUACAAACUUCAAUUCCACUUCAGUGUGUGAAUACUAAUGUACAUUUUGCUGGAAAGUAUGAUUUUUGGUUAUGGACUUUCUGUGAAGCUGAGAUGAAAUUUGUAGUAUUCAUCCAGAAUUACUGCUAUACAGAUAUGUCUGAGCUGGCAUGUUGUGUUUUCUCCAAGCCAAGUGACUGAUGUAAACCUCUUUGCAUUGACUGCGCCUGGUUCCCAACAAUCUCUCAUUUUUCCCUUUUGCUUUUUCAUAGCAAAUGUACUUGUGACCAAAUGUUUUGUAACUUUUUCCCUAGAUCAGUUUCAGAUUGAUACUGAAAAAUAUAGAUUUUGUACAAGUAUCUUGAAAGGCAAUGGUUGUAGGGAGCUUAUCUUAUUUGGAUGUUCUUAUACUGUGUAAGGCUACAAAUCAGAGUAAACUGAAUUGAUUCACAUAAUGAAGCCCUUGACAAUGCAUGCAGUUUCACCUGGUCCCAGCUAUGCAGUCAAGAGUGUAAACUUUUAUCAUGUGAACUAGCAAUUCGCAUAUAAGACAAGCACCAGACUGAUUUUUCCAGGUACCACCAGCAGAAACAGGUGCUGGCCAUAUCUCUGACUUCCUAGAUUGCACUGGUUUGCACUCAAAUCAAAGGGAGAGGCGGUACCAUCUGAGAGUAGAACAAAAACUUUGUGUGAGCUGACAUUCAGGCAGAUACACAUGGACAAGUAACAUGAAUUUUUGAAACCAAGUACUGUUAUUUUAAAAAUAUAUGCAGCUUGUACUUUAUGUUGAAGCUGAAACAUUAAAAAAACAUGAGAUGCUAUUGGGAGUUUCUACCUAAUAAGGUGCAGGGCAUUUUUAGCCUAAGAGGGAAGAGGGAUGCCUAGACUGGAAAGAGCAUAGGUCUGUAUGGGAGUAGCAUCACAAUAUAGAGAAUGAUGGUUUACAGACAGGUUGGGAAAAUUGCUCUUAACAAGCAGUAGCUAUUCAAGCUAAUUUUCCUUCAAGCUCUCACUUUGCAGUUGUGAUCAAAACUGUUCCUUUCUAUAUAAAUGAUAUUGGGGGAAUCUCAGUAGGUCUGAUGCUUGGUAUGUUCAUAGAGCAUCUCUGGGUAAAUUGGAGUGUGACAGUAUCUCUUCUGCGGAUUGUGUAAUUCAUACUAAAACUAGACUCACUGAAAUCAGUGAGAUUUCACUUGGCCAUAACUAAAGUUCCAUCAGUAUGCAAAAGGAUCAUGUAGCAUCUUUGAGUUUAAUUGAAAGAGAGAAAUUGGCAGCAUGAGCUUUUGUAGACUUGAAUAGAGAAACCCUGUGCAUUUGGAAGUAGA